AUGGUGUGGUUUUGGUUGGGAGUGUUGGCGCUAUGCUUUGCCUUGUACAAGUUGCUGCGAUUGAUUCCCCAAUAUUUGACAUGGCGGUGGAUGCAGAAAAAUAUUCCAGGUCCCGAGUGUGGCUUUCUCUUGGGUCAAUUGGCUGUUAUUAGGAGGGAACCAUUCAUGGCUCCACACAAGAAAUGGUGGAAAGAAGUGGGUCCUGAUGCCCCAGUCAUUCGGUACUCUCAAGCACUCGGUUCCAACUCCUUGCUGAUUCUGGACAAGGAGAUCAUCAAGGAAAUUUUAACAGCACCAGCAACCAAGAAUGAUUGCCGAUUCAAGAAACCAAUCUUUGCCCUGCCCAAUAUUAUUGGAUAUGGCUUGGUCACACUGGAAGGAGAAGAAUGGGCGAAGCAUAGACGAAUCAUCCAGCCAGCAUUUUCAGUGUCAUUUCUCAAGGAGGCAUUGAGCAUCAGUGUUCCACCCAAAGUGCAAACUUUCAUUCAGUAUUGGUUGGAGGCAGGGGAGGGACAAGAAAUUGACCUGGCAUCCCAUCUUUCUGCUUUGACACUGGAUGUCAUUGGAGAUGCUGGAUUCUCCUAUGAUACUAAUGGCCUCAAAGAUAUCAAAGCUUGGUCCAUGGCAGUCCAAAAAUCCAGGCAAGCUGGGGACAACAAUGAUACUAGUCUGGAGUCACCCGAGUUGACAGACCCUCUCAUCACAUCCUUUAUGGCAUUCUUGAAGCCAAAUCUUUUGCGUGUGGUCCUUUUUAUCACUAAUACUUCCUUCCUGGAUAAGUUCAUCAAUCCAGAGACCAUUAGGAUCCGAUCAGCCAUGGAUAAUACUGUUGAGGGAAUCAUGCAGAAUGCCAAAAAAUUGAACCAGCAAGAGAUGGACAAUGCUUCAUCUUCACCCAACAAAUCGUCAUCAAAGUCUCUCCUCCAACUGUUGUUGAAUGCCAGUGAUCCAGAAGCAUCUUCCCAUGGCAGGAAUGUCUUGUCCGACAGAGAAUUAAAGGAUGAAUUGAAGACUUUCUUGUUGGCUGGACACGAAACAACCUCGACUUGGUGCUACUGGGCAUUCUAUGCAAUGGCCAAACACCCGGAUGUACAGGAGAAAGUCUUUCAAGAUGUCAUGAAGAAUCUUAAAGACCCCAACAGUCAUGAUGAUCCAGUUACAUUGGAAGAAGCAAAAAACAUGGAAUACUUGUCAGCACUCCUGAAUGAGGUGUUGCGCCUGUACCCUCCUGUCGGGAUGAUGGUUCGUCGAAAUAGCUAUGAGGAGAAGAUGGCAGGCUAUCAGAUUCCCAAGGGUACCAACUUGGUCUUGUCCGUUCAUCUUCUUCAUAGGAACCCAAAGUACUGGCCUGAACCAGAAGCAUUCAAACCCGAACGAUGGUUGGAGAAUGGUGAAGCCGGCAGUGGUGGCAUGGACACUAAGAACUUUACAUUUUUGCCAUUUGGUGCUGGUGGCCACAAUUGUGUAGGGUACAAAUUUGCCACCUAUGAGGCCAAGAUGAUUGUGGCCCAAAUGGUCCGGGCUUUGAGAGUGGAGAUUGCGCCAUCCCAGCGCGAUGUGGAGCACACAUUCACCAACAUUGUCACAAUGAAAGCCAAACCGGGAUUAAAAAUCGUAUUCAAGGCCAGACAGACAUAA